AUGUCGACUCAUCAAUCCCAGCCCAGCAGCCCGCCCAAGAGGCCAAGGCUUUCCCUUCAGAUCAAGACCUUUAAUGGUUCGAGUGUCAGGACAUCCAGGACGCUGGCCGCCGCCGUGGAUGUCAAGUCUCCUACAGCCUUCAACACGCUGUCGAAUGUCUACGCCACCGCUGUGGAUAGGUCGACGCCAAUCCAGGAGCAUGCCCCGGCAACAGCGCUAUCAGGGGGGAAGCCGAUGCUGCGCCUCCAAACCCAGGAGGCUGGCCAAAAUGGCGGAGCAGCAGUAUCCAAGGACCGUCGUCUACAAACGCCUUAUUUGGGCCCAUAUCUCGACACUCCUCUGACGGCGCAACCAAUGUCACCUGCCAUUGCAACAGCACAAAGCCAGAUGAUUUUCCCUAGUGCCAUGACGGCGACACCACCACUAUCCGCCCAGCCGCAAGAGCAGAACGGCCCUCGCGUGUUCACCUUUGAUUCCAGCAACAACACAAAUAACAACUACAGCAUGGCACAGCCGUCACUUUGCAUCAAUACUACCACCUCACAAGCAUCAGAGAUGGCUUCUUGCUCAGAAACGCCCAGGAGGCGAACCACCUUUCCAUCCAACGUCAAGCUCCCCUACACCCACCCGCGUUCCCUCCGCAGCAUCCUUCGCAACAGCCCUCUUGCACCUUUAACCUGCCAAUCCCCCAACUCAUCCAGACGGCAGUCGCUCCGGCUCCAGGAAAAGGCCGCUCGGCGGGUGGCCUACCACAGUCCGCUGUGCGAGACCAUUACCACGAGCAAGUACACCAAGUCGCACGUGGACCUGCUGGCCGAAGACUCUGGGACGCCCACCACGCCCACGGGGGCUAGAUCCAUCUCAUCGUCCUCUUCGUCAUCAUGCUCCUCCUCAUCAGAGGGCGAGGAGCUGCUAGACCAAACCAUGGCCUACACCGGCGGCAACGAGACCCGCGACGGGGGCCAGACUCCGGGACCCUAUGAGGAGAUGCGCAGGCGCAUGGCGGGCAUGCACGCGUCGACGCCCAUCUCGCUUUCGCCGACGAGCGGGGGGAUACGCAAGAACCGCGGCUUGCAAGGAAAGAAAAGGGAGAAGAAGCGGAGGUGGGUGUGGACGAUCGGGAAGGACGCCGAGGACGCGGAACUGGAGGAGUGCGGGAGUCCGGUGGUGCCGUGGACGGCGAGGCCGGAGCUAUCGAACGCGGUAGCUGCUGCUGAAAGAAAGGAGGCCAUGGUGGGCGUGCCGGUGUUGGCGGUGCCUGUGCCGCCAAGCAGGGCGAGGACGAGGGCGCAGACGCAGGCGCAGUCGGUACAGACUGUUGUUACUGGGAACAAGGCGGCGGCUGCGGCUGCGACUGUGGCAUUGCAAAUACCCCAGUUGCCGGUGCCGGGGCCGACUAGCAGCGGGAGGAGGCUAAGGCCUGCUUUGAGUUUGCCUCCUUCUUCCAUGUCGACUUUGGCUGUUCCUGGGCCUGUUGUACCUGCAGUGUCUACGCCCGUGGCUGCUGCUGCUCCAGCACUGCCCUUGGUGCAACAGCAACAGCAAACACAAAUACAACAAUCACCACCACCACCACCCCAGCAACAUCAGCAAUCCGAGCCCCAUCAGCAGCAGCAGUCGUCCCGCGCCACACUCACCCCUGAACCCACCCUCCCUCACAUUGAACCCCACACCCCCAGCAUGGAAUCCGUCACCAGCAUGACGAGCAUCAUGUCCCAAGCCGAGUCCAUGUUGUCUGAGGACUCUGUCUUUGACACCUCGUCCGUGUACAACGGGGACGUGGAGAUGUCGGAUGCGAGCAGUGUUUGCUAUGAUGAUGACCCUGCUGGUGAUAACGAGUCUACGUUUGGUGGUGGUGGUGGUGCGGAUGGGGAGGAACAACAUGGGAACAAUAACCACAACAACGUCUACAUGAACUACUUGAAAGUGAAUGGUGGUAAGCGAGGAGCAAGUGUGGAUCAGCCAUGCCACUCGUCGGAUAUGGAUACGGAUAUGGAUAUGGAUACGCCUACGGUUGGGGGAAGGCCGGGGUAUGCGGUGGAGAGGUUGGGGUUGGGGAUUUCUUGCCAACAUCAUCCCGCAAAGGUCCAGACCAACACCUUGAGACAACACAAGGCCGAGAACGAGAGAGAAUGA